UUUAAAGCUUUCGAUCCGAUAGGAAUAACGAACGUUUUGGGAACGCAUUGUAAUUUGUAAUUUUAGUCAGCAUUGGAUGUUCGUAUUUAAGAAACUGUGCGAGGGCUGCAACUAAGUAAAGUAGAAAUAAAGAAGGAAGAAAAGUAAUCCAUUUGUUUAUUCGCAACAUGAACGAAAGACUGGCUAUACUGGCUAUAGAUAUCGUUUUAUAUUGUUCUCUUAUGCCUGAUUUGCCUAUAUGGGCCUUCGUACUUUUGAACUUGCUGACUUUUAAUAAUCCGCUUCAAAGAUUCGCCGUGGUUUUUGCUAACGCCUUUGUCAAGUGGUAUUUACUUCCGUUUUGUGAGGAAUGGAUUGCCAAAAACACAAACGAAGAAACUGAUUAGAAUGUUGUACGCCUCAUUCAGCAAUCAUAAUCUCAAGAUGUCUAAAAUUAAACAAAACUAAACUUAAUAGUCCCAAAAGACACCUAAGGGAAAUAUGGUAAACUGAAUAUACUGUAAAAUAAAUGUAAAAAACUAAA